CAGAAACACAGCCAUCCCACUGCUUUUAGUUGUUGCGUGGUCCUUGUCCUUCCACCUUUAAAUUAGCUCAAUGUGAUCUGAGUGUUACCUAUCAGUAACUUCUAACAAUGGCAGAAAGAGGUUGUGGCAGUGGAAUAUGGCAGCUUCCUAAUAAGCUAGUUCUGGAACAACCGAACGAUUAUCUUUACCAUCUUGGUUUCUCAAAAAAUGACAAUCUUCAAGAACUUUUUGGAGACACUAAGUUUGUGUGCAUGGGAGGCAGUGUAAAUCGAAUGAGAGCAUUCGCCGAGUUGAUGCAGGACCACCUAAAAAUGGACGAAACACUAGUGGACUUGUGCGAAGAAAGAAAUAAAGACAGAUUUUGCAUGUACAAAGUUGGCCCAGUGCUGUCGCUAAGUCAUGGGAUGGGAAUGGGGUCACUGUCAAUUCUUUUACACGAAAUCGUAAAGCUUCUUUAUUAUGCUAACUGCAUGGAUGUUGUCAUGAUACGUAUCGGUAGCUCUGGAGGUGUUGGAGUGGAUCCUGGUACGGUGGUUGUCACAGAGGGCGCCUUCAAUGAGAUGUUUAAACCGGUGUACACCAUUUUAUCAGAUAAAGUAAAUGUAAAAAAAACUCAGAAAGCUGGAGACAGAAACAGGCCAUCCCACUGCUUUCAGUUGUUGCGUGGUCCUUGUCCUUCCACCUUUAAAUUAGAAAGAGGUUGUGGCAGUGCACAAUGGCAGCUUCCUAAUAAGCUAGUUCUGGAACAACCGAACGAUUAUCUUUACCAUCUUGGUUUCUCAAAAGAUGACAAUCUUCAAGAACUUUUUGGAGACACUAAGUUUGUGUGCAUGGGAGGCAGCGUAAAUCGAAUGAGAGCAUUCGCCGAGUUGAUGCAGGACCACCUAAAAAUGGACGAAAAACUAGUGGACUUGUGCGAAGAAAGAAAUAAAGACAGAUUUUGCAUGUACAAAGUUGGCCCAGUGCUGUCGCUAAGUCAUGGGAUGGGAAUGGGGUCACUGUCAAUUCUUUUACACGAAAUCGUAAAGCUUCUUUAUUAUGCUAACUGCAUGGAUGUUGUCAUGAUACGUAUCGGUAGCUCUGGAGGUGUUGGAGUGGAUCCUGGUACGGUGGUUGUCACAGAGGGCGCCUUCAAUGAGAUGUUUGAACCGGUGUACACCUUUGCUGUAUUAGGCAAGAUGGUAAAGAGAAACACAGAGCUGAGUGAGGAUCUAAUGAAUGCGCUGCUGGGUUGCAAACAUGAGAGUGACAAUUUCAAAGUUGUGAAAGGAAAUACAAUCGGCACUUUUGGUUUUUACGAAUGUCAAGGACGCCUAGAUGGUGCCGUGUGUGAAUAUUCUGAAAAGGAUAAGAUGGAUUACCUCCGUCGCGCUUAUAAGAAGGGGGUCCGGAAUUUUGAAAUGGAAGCGCCAUGCUUUGGAGCAAUGUGCAAAAAAACCGGCAUACAAGCGAAUGUGGUUUGUGUGACGUUCCUAGACAGGCUGAAGGGUGACCAAGUGACUGCGACUAACCUGAAAGAAAUGGAAACAUAUCCACAAAAGAUUGUGGCUCGAUAUAUAAUGAAGCAAAUUAACAAAAUGUAAUUCGCCUUUUCUAAAGGAUACAAAAGAGCUUCUAAACCGUAUAAUAAGAAAUGAGAUAUGACAAUGAUACACAAUACCACCAAGCAGGCCUAAAAAAUGUAAAUUGUAAUGUAAAAAAUCAAAUGUUAAAGAAACCUGAAAGAAUUUUGGAUCUGGUGGGGGAGGAAAGACACAAUUCGAAUGUUGUAUAAAUGGAAAUUACAAGACAUUGAAAAGGUGUUUGAAGAAAUAAUCGGAAACUAGAACAUAUCAAAAUAUCUGCAGAAGAGUCAAAAUAUCUCAAAUAAAAUACCGUAAUU